AUGUUUGCUGCAGACCUCUCCUGGACCGACCCCAGCCAUGAAAAAGUUGGUGAGCGUCGGGAGCGAAAGCAGCGAAAACGGGAGGGGAGCAUCAGUGAUUCGCAGUCUUCAGGAGAUGUUUCUCGCUCCCAGAGCCGAAGUCAUGGUCGAAGGCCCAGCCUCCGAGACGCCUGGGGUUUCUCAAGUUCAAGAUCAGGGCGGUCGUCAGACAAGUCCUCGGUCAAGGGCAGCGGCGAUGAUCAACUUCGAAGAUACCCUUCGGUGUCAACAACACCGACCCUUGCCACAGAGGUUCCAAGGUCGAUCUUCAACAAACCCUUUAUAGAUCUGAAAGACCCGGCCCUGCAUCCUAAUACGACGUACGGCGCGAAGCUAUUGCCGACGCUACCCUCCGGGGGCACAAUCGAUCCUCCUAGGUAUGAUACGAUUGGAUUCGGUCGUCCCAUACACUCUCGGCAGAACAGCAACAGUACGUCCAAGGCAGAUAUCGUGUCAACUGUAGAAACUAAGAUACAACCCCUCAAAGCUACCAACCCGGACUAUCAUCUCAUUGCUCCUUGGGGUUUUCAGAGCAAUUCAGAGCCGGAAGCCCUUUGCGACUCUUACGAUCGUGUCAAAGACGCGGUAUACGCAUUGCAGGCCCGCAAGACAGAGUCGUUCGCGCAUGGUUAUAUCACCAAGCAAACCACCGUUUCUAUCCUGGAGGAAGAAGAGGGGGAGGACGGAGCAUCGGAAAUCCUCAACCUUGCUGGGGAAACAUCCCGACUUGCAAUUCAACCUCAAAUUCACAAGCCGCUUCCGCUUCGUCCUGAAAGAUUGAGGGCGCGAAAAAUGGGGACUUAUCACGCCGAAAUACAUGCUACGAAUCCGCUGCCAGUGGACGACGAGGAUGGGCGGACUUACCUUGAUGAUGACAGCCAUCGUACGUCGACCACUUCAUCUCGCCCAGAAUUCAGCAUCGGAAGCAACCCGGAUGCAGAGCAAUGGCCCGAAGUUCAUCCCUGGACAACGGAAGAUACUCUCCAUGGGACAAGCGAGAGCAGUGUUGAAUCGUGCGCGUCUCCGAAUCCUCACGAGACUCUACCCUCCGCUACUGAGUUGGAGGAUGAAGAUACAACCCCGAAUAACCACUCGACUAGCGACCUGUUCGAUCCGGCUUCCAAGCGAAACUCCAUGAUCCCCAUGUCACCGACCGCAUUCCAGCGCUUCGUGCAGAAAAUCGAGUCUGCAGGUGCGGCCAUGAUCCUCGAGCGACUGAGGGAGGAGGGGCUUGACCCCGCCGAUCAGCUAGAGAAGCAUCUCUGGGCCCUGACGGCGCUACAACUGAGGAGCAUCGGGCGGUUCGAACACCUCCACAAGGCGAAAGGACAGGGCCAUUCCAUGGCGGCGAUGCCGCGCAUCUCACGCCGGAGGGCGACGAUUCUAGAAAUCGAUGGAAAUCUCGCCGAAACCUACCAACUCUCCGCCAUCCAUCCUCUGUCCACUAUCCAUCAUCUGCACCUUACCACUUCCCCACUUCACCGAUAUACACUCUCCACCGGAUCGCCUUCUCGCCUCUCGUCGGCAUCGAUUUCUCCUCCGCUCAUCUCUCCACUUCCGCUCCCUCCCCAGGUCACCCCGCUCACCACCUCCACCCUCCUCCCGCUGCCCUUUCCGCCAAGCACUAUCCACCACAUCCGCUCCUCCGCCCUUCCUGCUCUCCUCCCAUCUUCCCAACUCCCCUCCCUUCUCGCUGAUAUCCACCGCGUCCUCCUCCCCAAUGGCUCCCUCGAACUCCGCAUCGUUGAUCCGAUGCCCGUCCGCGGGACCGCCGGACCCAAACUCCGCUCCUGGCUGGAAGAGCGCCUUGCCAUGGGUCUCGAGAGCAACUUCCGCUGCCAACGGCCCGCGCAGUUAGUUCCCGGAUGGGUAACGCAGGCAGGUCUCCGCCUCAUCACCGCGCGUGACCUCGAAAAGGAAUCAGACCAGGACAGUUUCUAUUUUGAGGGCUCAUCCCCCGAAGCAAGCCUCAACAACUUCCCUUCAGCCGUCCUUGGAAUGGUCCCCAGUGGCCGGUCAACACGACGCGGGAAACGCGAGCGAGACGAAACCAUCGAGCGGGAAACCGGGAUGAUCUGCCUCCUUCGCAUCCCCGCCGUCGUUGGCCCGAAUCUCAGCGCGCAGAUGUCGAUGGGGCUCUCCAUUGGCGCCGAAACCGGCUUUGGGAAACGCGAUUCAUGGAGGUUCUCGUCAAAUGUGGCUAGUGGUGGACAUCCAGGAGCGCGGACUGAGUUGGAGGAUGUGCGAGAAGAACCACUCCCGGAAGAUGCUGAGCUUACAGAUAGAGAGGACGCGUCACCGCCUCUGGUGCCUCGGACGGAUGCGAAGCGGGAUGAACGUCAGCUGCGGGAGGAGAUCGAGGUCGUCGAGACGGAGGUGGCGGUCCUUGUGCUCCGGGAGUUGUGGCGGAAUUCCUGGGGCGGCUUUGUCGAGGCGCCGUCGGAGCUACGGCUAAUGCGGGCUAGGAGUGGUGGCCUCGGUGGCGAGGAAAGCAGUAGUGAGGAUGGGAUGGAUAUGCAAUGGUGGUGGGAGGAUGAAGACAUUGUGGUGGAGUGUAGGGAUUGGGAGACGGUGUGGGAGGUCGGGACGGUGUGGGCGGUGAAAGACUAG